AUGGCGCCAAAUGGCUGCUAUGUAGUAUUUAACUCGAAUUUGGAUUAUAUUGAUUCUGUCAACAAGGCUGGGAUCAAGCCUUACAAGUUGGGCAUCAAUGAAUUUGCAGAUUUGACAAAUGAGGAAUUCACAGCCACUCGCAACAGGUAUAGAAUGCCUUCUCACCAGAAAUUGUCUGAAAUUACGUUAUUCAACUAUGAAAAUGUAACUGCUCCAACUACCAUGGACUGGAGAAAGGAGGGUGCUGUUACUGGGAUUAAAGACCAAGGACAAUGUGGAUGUUGCUGGGCAUUUUCUGCUGUUGCUGCCACAGAAGGAAUCAACAAGAUCAAAACUGGUAAGUUAAUCUCUUUAUCCGAGCAGGAACUCGUGGACUGUGACACAAGUUCGGAUAUGGGAUGUGAAGGAGGUCUGAUGGAUGAUGCUUUUAAGUUUAUCAUCAAGAACCAUGGGCUUACUACUGAAUCCAAUUACCCAUACGAGGGAACCGAUGGCACUUGCAAAACCGGGAAGGAAUCCAACCAUGCUGCAGAGAUUACUAGUUACGAAGAUGUUCCAGCUAACAGCGAGUCUUCUCUACUAAAAGCUGUAGCUAACCAACCUGUAUCUGUCGCCAUUGAUGCUAGUGGAUCGGAUUUUCAGCUCUAUUCAAGCGGUGUUUUUACUGGAGAAUGUGGAACUGAGUUAGAUCAUGGUGUUACAGAAGUUGGAUAUGGUGAAGCUAGUGAUGGGACGCAGUAUUGGUUAGUGAAGAACUCAUGGGGAACCAGUUGGGGCGAGAAUGGUUACAUUAGAAUGCAAAGAAAUAUUGGUGCUGAAGAAGGACUCUGCGGAAUUGCUAUGCAAGCUUCUUAUCCUACUGCUUAA